AUGAAUUGCACUCUUCUUUGUCUCUGUGUCGUCUGUGCUGCGGUACUGUUUUUGGGUGGCAUUCAUGGCGGUUUUGCGGACACCGGCGAAGCGCAGCACGUUAUUACGUGGGCUGAUAUGAGGGUGGAUGAGUAUACAGUGAGUUUGGAAUAUCGAGGCGGCCGUAAUCGAAGCAGGGUCAUUGUGGUGGAUAAGAAUGGUGGAGGAGAUUCUGUUACAGUUCAAGGUGCUGUUGAUAUGGUUCCCCCAAACAACGUAGAGAGAGUGAAGAUUUACCUUCUUCCUGGAAUUUACAGAGAAAAAGUGUACAUUCCAGCCUCCAAGCCCUACAUUUCACUCAUUGGAAAUCCGAAUCAUACGUCUGAAACUGUUAUUUCAUGGAACAACAAAGCCUCUGAUAAAGAUGAAGAUGGGCAAGAGCUAGGGACCUCCGGAUCAGCCUCUGUCACUGUUGAAUCCGAUUACUUCUGCGCCAGUGGCAUCACUUUUGAGAAUUCAAUAACUACAGAGCCUGGAGUUUUAGGCAGGCAAGCUGUGGCAUUGAGAAUAUCCAGUGAUAGAGCCAUGUUCUAUAAAGUUAGGUUCUUGGGAACACAGGACACACUCUUUGAUGAUUUUGGAUUACAUUAUUUCUAUCAGUGUUACAUCCAAGGAUCUAUUGAUUUCAUAUUCGGCCAUUCAAAGUCCCUCUAUCAGGAUUGUGUUAUUCAUUCAAUAGCCAAAAGUUCUGGAGCAAUUGCUGCUCAUCACAGGAAUACGCUAGAUGAUGAUACUGGGUUCUCUUUUGUGAAUUGUGAAAUUGAAGGAACUGGUUUUAUAUACUUGGGAAGAGCUUGGGGACAAUAUUCUCGAGCGAUUUAUUCAUACUGUAACAUUCACAAUAUGAUCACUCCAAAGGGAUGGAGCGAUUGGAACGACCCAUCUAGGCAAAAGACUGCGGUGUUUGGUGAAUAUCAGUGCAAAGGCCGUGGAGCCAAUAGAAGAUGGCGAGUGCAAUGGUCCAAGUCUUUGAGUGACGAUGAAGCGAGGCCUUUUCUGGAUACGAAAUACAUAGAUGGAGAGCAAUGGCUUAGCCUGUAA